AUGGACCAGCUUAACCUCACGCACUUCGAGGGCGCUGCGAAUACAGCGUAUCUGGCGCAGUCGAGGGUACCCAAUGUUAUCGCCUGCAAUGUGAUCCUGCUGUCCGUCGUCAGUAUAGCUGUUGCUGUGCGGCUGUAUGUGCGUUAUCGCUAUUACAGGAUCCGUUCUGAUGAUGUUCUCUGCAUUAUAAGCUGGAUGUUCACGUUUGCACUCUGUUUUAUCUCAAUGUGGAUGACUAGAUAUGGCUACGGAAGACAUUUCGAACUCAUCGCCGACCAACCCUCCACUAUCACCAUGUUUCUCAAGCUGGUAUUCGUAACUCAAUUAGUAUAUAUAAUCGCCCUGAACACGAUCAAGGUGUCGUUCUGCGUUUUGUACAUGCACAUAUUUAUACCCUCGCGGGUCCUCACAUCAUUAUGCAUUGCCCUCAUAAUACUGCUCAUCAUGGAGUGCGUCGAAGAGAUCAUAGUGGUCAUUCUACAGUGCCGACCCGUGCAGGCGGCAUGGGAUCCAACCAUCACCGGCCGCUGUUUGAAUAUCACCCUGUUCUACUACAUCAGCUUCGGCAUCAAAUUAGCGACAGACAUUGCAAUAUUCGUCCUGCCUAUUCCUCCCCUGCUCCGGCUGCGGGUUCGUGGCCUCCAGAAGUUCGGGGUUAUCCUCAUGUUUGCGCUGGGGUUGCUAGUCUGCGUGACGAGCAUUAUUCGUGUGACCUACAUCAAAAACUUCAGUCCGGACCACACAUGGUUUCUAGUCGCUCCCCUCAACUGGUCCGCAGUGGAAGUCUGCGUUGCAAUCUUCAUAUCCUGCCUACCCUCGCUCAAGACCUUAAUUACGCUCCAUUGGCACAUACCCAGCCUCGUCGCCUCGAGAAACAGGGACAGCACCACCGAUCCUCUGUCCACGCGGAUCUGCACCUUUUUCAUGGGAAGAGGCAAAGAAGCGGACCAUGAGCGGCAUAUAUCUCCUGAUGGAACUGCUCGCCACGAUAUUCCUCUUUCAGAGAACCAUGUACGUACGGUAGACGGCGCUUCCAGUAAUUUUGUCGGAGACGUAUGA